AUGCACAUCUGGAGCCGCCCCACCACUUUAAGUGCCCGCAGCUUAGAAACGCGCCUCUGGACGCGUCUCACCCGACAAGCUCCAACUCGUAUUCGAUCCAUUGCCAUAGCUGCCUCACCGCAGCCCAGCACCCAGCCUAGCAUGGUGACCCUCGAGGAAGUAUCGCACCUCAUCCCCAAAACGACGUCGGACGCCGCAACUCCCACGCCAAGCCGUGUGGCCGACUCGUACAAUCCCCUGCAUGCAUUUGACCUCGACAAGCAACGGUCGUACAAGCAGCAAUAUGGCGACAUGUACUUUUUGCGUCUUACCAAGAUCAAGCCCGCCGUGGAGGAGGUGGCAUCGGCCGCAUGGGAGGGCACCAUGAUUGGUGGCGAAGAGGUGAAAAGAGUAGAACGGGUGCUCGAUGUUCGCCAGGGAGAAUUGUGCUGGGUAGCGGGGACAGUGUACAUGGAAAUGCCGCUCAAGCCUAAUAUUCUAGAGGAUGUGUCCAAAGACCGAUGGAUUUCCGCCCCCAUACCCACCCAGCAAACCUACUUCUCCCACGAUGGCUCCGACCAAAUCAUGCUUGAAGACGACUCCGGCCGCAUCCGCCUCGUCGGCGACCUUGUACAAUCCGUCCCCCUCGUGACAGGCUGCAUCAUCGCCGUGAUGGGCACCGAAAACAGCAGCGGCGAAUUCGAAGUCAUUGACACCAAAUACCCCGACCUCCCCGACCAGCCCGAGCGAUGGGCCCUCUCCAAACCACCCUCUUCGACCAACGGCCACGGCAAAAGCAGGCAAAUCGUCAAGGAAGAAGACCAAGACGUCGAAAUGACAGACGCCUCACAGUCAACGCCCAGCAAAAAGAUCGCCAUCGUGUCCGGCCUCUCAUUCUCCAGUACCGACGCCUGUGAUGCCGUUGAACUCAACCUGCUGCAGGAAUACCUCCUUGGCCUAGCACUCACAUCAUCCGACCAAGAAGAAGUCGCGAGCAUAAGCAGGCUCAUCAUCGCCGGAAACUCCAUCUCCACUACCGCCGAGCGCAAGGAAGAAGAGACCCUAAAGAAGGGGAACAAAAAGUACGGAUACGACGCGAGUUCCUACAACGCCCUCCCCUCACAGCUCUUUGACGAAUUCGCCGAUACAUUGCUGCCCUCAAUACCAAUUACCCUCCUCCCCGGCGCUCAGGAUCCCGCCAACGCCAGCUAUCCCCAGCAACCCAUCCACAUGGCCAUGUUUCCCCGCGCAAGGGCAUACGGGCCCGAGCCAACAAAGCCCAAAGAACCAGGGUGGUUUGACGCCGUCACAAACCCCUGGGAAGGCGAGCUCGAAGGCUGGAGGGUUCUAGGCACCGGCGGCCAGAAUGUGGACGAUGUGUUCAAGUACGUCGACAGCGACGAUAGACUGGGCAUGAUGGAAGCCAUGUGUAGAUGGCGGUGUUGCGCGCCCACCGCACCUGAUACAUUGUGUAAGUAG